ACUGGUUCAUUUACAGGUCUCCAUAUAAAAAAUCCCAGUUGCUAUAUUAAAUUUGGUUUGUGAGCUGCUGAAAUAAGAAGAUGAACACAGAGGAGAUGAAUAAUUCUACAGUGAACUUCAUCACAACUGAAACAUCUACAAACUCCACAACUCAGCCCAGCAUUGGGCUAAUAGACUUGGUGGUAACCUGCGUACACAGCAUUAAUUUCCUGUUUGGUCUUCCUACACACUCCUAUGUUAUAUGGCUCAUCAUCACAGGAACAGGAAGUGGAGUUGCAUCAGAGUUCUUCCUCCUCAAUCUCUCUAUGUGUGAGACUGGAAACUGUCUGAAUUGUUUAGUCUCUGCGCUGACUGUUUACUUGUCAAGUCUCUCACUUUUAAUGGUGUUUCUACAAGGACUAAUUCUCACUGGUCGUCCUCUGUUUCAGUGUCUGAUGUGUGUUGAGCGUUACCUGGCAGUGGUUCAUCCUGUAACCUUUCUGAAGUUCAAACCUCUCAGAUAUAGAGUGAUCUGCUGUACUGUUGUCUGGAUCAUUAUUCUUAGCUCCUGUUUCUAUUGUUUAUUUAUUGCAAUGUCACAAAACAUUACUGUGCAUACAUGGUUCUUCUCACUGGUGUUCCUCCUCUUCUUCUCCAUCCAGUUGUUUUGUCUUGUGGCUGUUCUCAGAGCUCUGAAGCAGUCAGGACCAGGAGAGAGAGGGAGAGAGAGAGGGGAGGAAAACCACAUGAAGAGAAGAGCGUUUUAUCUCAUUCUAAUAACUACUGUUAGCCUUGCUAUCACAUAUGUCCCAUUUACUGUCACAGGAUUCUAUAUUAUUCUUACUCAACAGAAUAAUGAUGGAUAUUGGCUCCCUGGGUUGGUAUGUUAUAUGCUGGGUGGUUUCGUUCAUCCUGUUCUUUAUCUUCACCGGACUGGAAAACUACCUCUGUUCCUCAAAAGACCUGCAAUUGUAUAUUUUUUUCACUAA